GGACGCGCGCGAACGAGGGCGGAGAAAAUGUCUGACGGCGUCCAUGGGGGGCGGCGGCGUGGACGACUUGGCGGACGCUAAAACGGCAUGCCCGGCCAGCGCGGCGGAGAUAAGGUGCCUGCUGGCGAAGCUGAAGGCGCCGCUGCUCAAGGAGGCGGAGGCGAGGCAGGCCGCUUGGAGGCUGUCCCUCCUGGCCAGGAGCCCCGAAAACAGGGCCGCUGUAGCCGCGGAAUCUGGCCUGCAGAUCUUGAUCGACGCGAUGAAGAAGGGCCCCGCAUCGUGCAGGGGGCCCGCGGCGAGCGCCGUGGCGUCGAUGGCGCUCGGUGUGGAGUACGGCAGGGCGCUGAUCGGCGGCGGCACGAUUCAGAGCCUGGUGCGGCUGCUGAAGGAUCGUCAGGUGGACGGCCAGGAGGAUGUGCUCCAGGCCCUGGCCAAUCUGGCGCACUCCUCCGAGGCACGGGGGAUCAUCGUGGUGCACGGCGGCCUAGAGCUGGCGAUCCAUUUGCUAGAGAGCGACAACGGCAAUUCCGCUUUUCAGGCCCUCAGAGUCCUGACCCAGAUAUCCGCAGAUUCGGACUUCAGGUGUGAGGCUGGGUCCAGCCUUGCCACAGAUUUUGCUGCAAGGUUGCUGAUGGACGGCAGCGAGGAGGAGGAGAAGAAACUUUUAGCUUUAGAAUUUUUGGCCAAUGUGGCCGGCGAGCCUCAGAGUGCAGAUGCGUUGGUGGCGUGUGGCAUCCCUGCCCUGGUUCACACGGUGGAAAUGCAGGUUGGGAAGGGCAAGGCAGAAGCGUUGAGGGCGCUGGCGUCCCUGGCUGAGCGGGAGUCGCCAGGGCGAGCCAUUGUCGCAGAGGGAGGUAUUCAGCCCAUCAUCGAUUCUCUUUCAGACGGGUCCUGUGCUCCAGAGGCUGCCCGGUGCCUUGCAAACCUCUCCUGCAAUGUUGACAUUUGCCAGGUAAUUGUCAACAGGGGAGGCGUCCCCAAACUCGUCCUUGACCUGCACGAACCUACAUCAGGUCAUGUAGGCCAUUCCGUGUUUGCCAUUGCGAACAUUUCUGAAAGUCUGCAGGGUUGCAAGAAGAUCACGGAAGCGGGUGGUGUGCCGCAACUGGUGAAGCUGGUGAUCCGUGGGGCACAGCCGUUCAGGCUGAGUGCCCUCAGAGCUUUAUCCAACCUGUCGGAGAGCCUUGAAGACAACAGGGACACUAUAGGGAAGAGCCGUGGACUUUACCAGUGUGUUGUGCUCCUACGCUCGGGCUGUGAGAGGACCGCCGCACAGGCAGUGAGGCUUCUGGCCAGCCUUGCCGAGUAUGGUCCCAACAGGCGAUUGAUUGGCAGCGCAGGGGCUAUCCAAAUCCUGAUCCACCUGCUGACCGCACCGAAUCGGGCAAUGUGCAGGCUCAAUGCUGCAAGGGCACUGGCAGACAUAUGCCAUGAGCAGCGCUGCCGUGUGCAUCUUGUGCAGCUGGAGGGCAUAGGCCCACUGGUGGGCGUGUGUGGCAAGGAAAAAGACCCCGAAAGAGUCCAGGCUGCAAGGGCCCUGCACAACCUGGCGAUGGAUCCACACAUUCAGAGGAGCAUUGUCUGGGAGGGUGGCGUUUCUGUGCUGGUGGAGAUGCUGCAUAGCGCGAACUUCGAAGUGAGGGAGCAGGCCUUGCACACCCUGAUCAGGUUGGGAAUGUUGCACGAGCACUGGGGCGCGAUCAAGCAUGAGGGAGGGUUCAUCCCACUCACACGGCAGCUCAUAGUGAGUGAGGUUCGCGACGCCUUCACCAUUCUCAGGCAUGUAGUCCGGUUUUUCAAUGGAGUUUUUGGGGCCUUGCUGAUGAGUCACUGGAGAAGAGUCUGA